AAUAACGACCACGUUUUCUUCCAGAACAUCCCAUCUUCCUAGGGGACGGGCAAGGGAAAUGGCUGUGAUGGAUCCAGCUCAGAUGUCGGUGACCUUUGAGGAGGUGGCUAUGUAUUUCACUGAGGGGCAGGGGGCUCUGCUGGACCCCGGUCAGAGAGCCCUCUAUAGGGACAUCAUGCAGGAGAAUUAUGAGACAGUGACCUCUCUGGUAGUACUCCCCAUUCCAAAACCUGACCUGACCUCCCAGCUGGAAGCAGAGGAAGAGCUGUGGAUCCUGGUGUUACACCCCAAGGUCCCCUCCCUCAGAGAGUCCCCUGGGAAAGCAGAUCAGCAUUGUAUAUUGCUAACGCUGUUGCUAGCAUUGCAAAGCAUUUUGGGGAGGGUCAAAGGUGUGUGAGUGGGGAACAGAAGAUUCCUUUGCAGGAGUACGAGAGGCAGAGAGAGGGGGAGAAGAAAGCAGAGAACGGGUUAACUCAAGUGCAGCUAGCAAGCUCAGUCAGAAGAUAAGACACUAACUCCAGCUAGCUCAAGGCCACAGCACACAUCUGACUCUCUGCUGCCAGCCAAGAAAGAGGGGGGCCUGGAAUCCACAGACCAAUUGUGAGAAAGGAAGAUUCAACUGAACAGACACAAACCUGUAAAGCCAGCCCAUAACAAGUGAGGCAAGCGAAGGCCAGCACAGAG